CUCCAUACUACUACAAGUCACCACCACCACCACCAAAGAAGUCUUCUCCCCCACCAUACUACUAUACUUCACCACCACCACCAACUCAUUACUAUCCUCCACAUCAUCAAUUUGUAGUCAAAGUUGUUGGAAAAGUCUAGUGUUUUAGAUGCCAUAAUUGGAAGCACCCAGAGAUGUCUCACGACAAGAAACACCUGAAAGGUGCUGUUGUUGAAGUGACUUGCAAGGCCGGUGACAAAGAAAUUGUGAGUUAUGGUACCACUAAGAUCAAUGGCAAAUUUAGCAUCACAGUUGAAGGAUUUGAAUAUAGCAAAUAUGGAGCAAAGGCUUGCAAGGCUAAACUCCACAAUGCUCCUAAGGAUUCAAAGUGUAGCAUUCCUACAAACCUUCAUUGGGGAAUUAAGGGUGCUAACCUCAAAGUGAAGUCAAAGAAUAAAUAUGAAGUUGUACUUUAUGCAAAACCAUUUGCUUAUGGCUCAAAGACACCUUAUGCAGAAUGCCUAAAACCCAAGCCUACACCUGCUCCAUACUAUUAUAAAUCUCCUCCACCUCCAACACCGACUUAUGUUUACAAGUCACCACCACCUCCAUCACCAAAAUAUGUGUACAAGUCACCACCUCCCCCAACCCCGACAUACGUUUAUAAGUCUCCACCACCACCUGCUUACUAUUACAAAUCUCCACCACCACCAACUAAGUCUCCACCACAUUACUAUUACAAAUCUCCACCUCCACCAUCACCAAAACCUGCACCGGUAUACUAUUAUAAAUCUCCACCUCCACCAUCGCCAAAACCUGCACCUGUAUACUAUUACAAAUCACCACCACCACCAUCACCAAAACCUGCACCAGUGUACUAUUAUAAGUCACCACCACCACCAUCACCUUCUCCUCCACCUCCUUACUACUACAAGUCUCCUCCACCACCAUCACCAAAACCCGCACCUAUAUACUAUUAUAAAUCACCACCACCACCAUCGCCAUCACCCCCACCACCUUACUACUACAAGUCCCCUCCUCCACCAUCUCCAUCACCACCCCCACCUUACUACUACAAGUCUCCUCCACCACCAUCACCAUCUCCCCCACCUCCAUACUACUAUAAGUCUCCUCCACCUCCAUCGCCUUCUCCCCCUCCACCAUACUACUACAAGUCACCACCACCACCAUCUCCAUCUCCUCCACCACCCUACUACUACAAAUCACCACCACCACCAUCACCAUCUCCUCCACCACCAUACAUCUACAAGUCUCCUCCUCCACCAUCACCUUCACCACCUCCACCCUACUACUACAAGUCACCUCCUCCACCGUCACCUUCUCCACCACCUCCCUACUACUACAAGUCACCACCACCACCAUCCCCAUCUCCUCCACCACCCUACUACUACAAGUCUCCUCCUCCGCCGUCACCUUCACCACCCCCUCCAUCCCCAUCUCCUCCACCACCCUACUACUACAAGUCUCCUCCUCCACCGUCACCUUCACCACCCCCACCUUACUACUACAAGUCGCCUCCUCCACCGUCACCUUCUCCACCACCUCCUUACUACUAUCACUCUCCACCUCCACCCGUAAAGUCUCCUCCUCCUCCUUAUUACUACAACUCACCUCCUCCACCAGUGAAAUCACCCCCUCCACCGGUAUACAUUUACGCUUCACCACCACCACCAGUUCACUACUAAGAGGUUUUAAGAGUGUAGUCAUUCACCACAAUCAAUCAAAUUUUAGUUUGAAACACAAAAUAAAUGAUGGCUUCUUGAGGAAUAGAUUCAAACGUCAAUGGUACAAAGCAAUUAAUAUAUGGAAUAAGAUGAUCAAUCUUUUAACUGAAGGGUUGAUUCUUCAUGACAUGGACAUAUUUGAUUCUACUUCUCUUUUGGUCUUCUUGCACAUUGUUUUCUUAGUGCGUUCACAUGAACGUAUCUAGGCUUUGAUGCUUCUUAGAGCUUGUUUCUUUGUAACUUAUUAUUUGUAUUGAGGAUAUUGUCCUCUUUUUAUUCAUUCUUAUUAAUUAUUAUUGUAUGUUGUUCUUGUAACACCUUCAUGUACUUUGUGCACAAAUCAAUAAGAAGAUCAAUUUUAUUA